UCUGUGAUCGGCUGGCUAUAUAAGAAGACAUAGGGUGGUUACGAAUAACAAAGGAAUCCAUGACGAAUAAUCCUAUAGCCCCACCACCUCCUGCGAAGAAAAGGAAGACGUCGUUGUCAUCAAUUCCAGAUGAUUUCAUUGUGAACGUCUUAGCACGGAUCUCGAUAUCUCAGUACCGUUCCCUCUGCUUAGUCUCCAAAAACUUCUACUCUCUUCUAUCUUCUCCAGAUAUCUACUUUGCUCGAUCCCUAAUCGGUAUCACAGACGCUCGCCUCUACGUGUGCCUACGGCUACCCACUCCCUCCUCCAGUAGUCAUCGUCACAGAUGGUUCAAUCUCGGCUACCGUCAGGGUCAGUUAAGUUUAGUACCGGUAAGAACACUCUCUUCCUCACCCGACCGGUUAAACUCAACCUCUGUCGCCGUCCAUUCCGAAAUCUACCAGAUUUCUUGUAGAGCCGUUAGAGUUCUUGAUUGUCGGAGUCGUACGUGGCGUCCUGCUCCCGACAUGAUGGUGGCAAGGAAACACGCUAGGUCUUAUUUUUUAGAUGACAAGAUAUAUGUAAUAGGAGGAUGCAAGGAAAAUUGGGGUGAGGUUUUCGACCUAAAGACUCAGAAUUGGAAGCCAUUGCCUAAGCCUCCUAGUGAUCAUGAUCACAAAGGUGUGGUUUAUGGAGGAAGGCUAUACGCUUUCACCAUGAACAAGAACAAGAACUACGCAUAUGAUCCGAAAGAAGAAAGAUGGGUACAAGAGGCGGGGUUUGUGGGUCUAGGACGUAUAACCGGACCUUUGUGCGUUAUAGGAAAUGAGAUUUUUGCUGAACAUGACCGUAAGUACACGUGGUAUAACCCAAUGAAUGGAAAGCAGCAGGUAAUAGAUGGUUUGAAUGAUGUGUACAAGAAACGUGCUAAUAAUUACAGAACCAUUCAAUUAGUUAACCAUGGUGGGAAACUGGUAAUUCUAUGGAAUGAGACUCGCAGGAAACGCAAGCGUCUUUGGUGUGCGGUGGUUAGCUUGGAGGAGCGUUCGACUCCAUUGGGAACUCGUAUGCGGGGGAAGGUCGAACGAUGCGAUCUUCUUUUGGAUUCAGCCCACAAGUCAUAUAUGCUCUCAAGCUGCCUAUCGGUUUUGCUCUGAAACUCAGAAGGGGAGAGGGAUAAAAUCAUCAUCAUGUGGGUAUAGGU